AUGGCGGUCUAUUCUCUCUCAGUCUCGAGGCGAAACGCAGCCGUCUCUUAUUUAAGCAUGGCCGUUCAGUUUGCCUUCACGCUAGGUCUCCAUCGCGGAGAACAGACACAGGUAAUAUUUCCCCUCGAGGAACAGAUUGUCCGGCGGAGGGUAUGGAGAAGUCUAUUCGUUCUUGACCGUUUUCUUGCGGCGGCUCUUGGCCGGCCGGUAUUGAUAUCAGACGAAGAUUGCUCCUCCGACUCCCUCCGUUCACUUUCAGAACAGCCCAACCGUUUAUCCGAAAACGACCGAAGUAUGAACAUUGCAGUGGACAUCUCGAUGCUCAUCGGCCGUAUCCUGAAAACCGUUUAUGCCAGGAGAAGGGUGUCGACAAAACUUGCUCACGAGUUUGCUCUCGACUGCCAAAAGUUAGACAAGCAGCUUCAGGGAGAAUUCCACUGGAGGAGAGCUGUUGAUCCGUCGACGCCCAUUAUUGAAGCUACGGCCGUCCUUCACCUCAAUCUAUAUCGUUAUCACGCCGUCCUCUUGUACACAAGACCUUUUUUCCUCUAUCUCUUGAAGAACUUUCAAGUCGACAAGGUGCCUCCGACUCGAUUUAGCCCGAGGAUGCAGAGGUUCUCUCAGACCUGCGUGAAGGCUGCCGAACACACCAUCACGAUUGUUUAUGGAGCUCUUAGGGCUGGCUACCUACCACAGAGGAACCCGUUUGUUACGCAUUUUCUUUUGCGGCCUCCCUGGUAA